CGGGAAGGGACCGGCGGUGAAUUUGAUUUCUGUUCGGGAGGCGCCGAGAAACCGAAGAAGCGAAAUGGACAUAAAAUGACGGAGAGACGACUUCCCUGUUGCUGUGCAUUUGCUGGAACUGGCCACCAUGGCUUUGGUGAGCCUAAUGGUCCUGUAUGAGGAUGAUUCAGUGGAAAUGCAAUUUACAGAUAGCUCCAGUCUCCAGCUCUCCCCAUGUGGAUCAGAAUUCUUGUUCCAGAAGGCCCCUACACCAUCCAUGCACCCCUUGCAGAGCUCCUGCCGAGUUCGUCAGCGAACACCAUUUGUCAUCAGCACCUAUAAGGAGCAGUUACUGCAAGCUCUGGAGUUCAGGAACCGGUUUGCCUCUCGGCCCUACCUUUCAGCAGAUCUGAUUGCUGCAGACAAGCUAUCGAACCUGUUCCUUGACAUCUCCGAAGUGAAGUGGCCUGGAGCUGACGUGGAAGGCGCAGUGAAGAUUGCCGACAGUGGACGGGUGACGGUCUCCUCUCUGGGAGGUUACGCCUUCCUUUACCUGGCUCCGUCUCGAUUGGAGUUCACUGUGGAGUUUCUGGCAUGCGUCAGCCAGUCUGCUGCCAGCAAGCCGCUCAUUAAAGCAGGCAGGGAGAGGAACAGUGGGCCCCAACAACCAGCCCGCCACAGCCUGGGCAAGGUUAAGCCUGUAGGAUUCGGCGUAGGCCAAAACAAGUUGGGGAGAAAAGCCCAGAGUUGUUGGAGUGAAGCAAAUGGAGCUUUAAAUCCCCUAAUGAUGGAACAAAAGGAUGGAGGCUUAAGUGAGAUCCGUUGCAAGUACAUGUACCAGUAUACCUGGGUGGUUCAGCACCACACUGUGUCCUUGUGUCCACCAGAGUGGCAUUGUCCUCUGAGACUCGCUCUUCACCAUAACCGCAAGAAGAAGAAAUCACCGGGACUCGAUGGGACAGAUAACCAUCUGCGGAGUGCUGAUGAACCUCUGGCACCAGGAGUUGCUGCAGUGCCAGGAACAGCCACUGCUCUUCCCAAAGUGCUGCCACUGAACUGCCCAGCCCCGCACCUUCACAGGUGGCGACACAGGGAUGUGCUGGGUCAGGGUAAGCUGGAUCUGGAGAACUGUCUGUAUUCACAGCAGGUGAAAGUAGUCUGGUGCCAAGGUGUGCUGUACAGGGUAAUCACUGAGCCAGUGAACUCUGUGGAAAUUUACCCAGGAGAUGGCUCUGUUCUCAAACCCUAUAGUGCCAGCAGCAACUACUUCACUCACUAUCUGAUGGAACAGAGUGAUGGGCAGAGAGAAGAGCGAAUGUACAUGGUAAGCAGCCUGCCUCCUGACACACCCAACUCCAAAUACUCCAUUUGCUCCAUGGUCACACAGGCAGUCAGGAUCCUGCAGUGCUGUAACCAGUUAAAGCUAUCUCUGAAACAGCCCAAUGUGUGCUGUUGGAAAAUGGAGCUGUCCCAGCCAGGAGUUUUCAGCCAGCUCCCGGUUCUUCUCGAUGAGCAGGUGGUCCAGAACGUUGGAAGAUUUUCAGCGUUUUCCGAUGGGCGGGUCCACAUCAGUUUCUGCAACGGCGUGAGACUCGACAUGUCCUGGGACUUUGGGUCUCAGGACAGGAGAGAGGAGAGGAGCUCGCUGCAGCAGUGGAAACAUGUGUUCUGUCCUGUGGCACUCAGUGAAACACAAACAGAUGUAAUGUCUGGUUGCUGUCAAUUACUGUUCCCAGAUGGAUCCUCCCAGUUGGUACCAAUGCAUUCCGCUGGAAUAUAUGAGGGGUAUACUACUGCGGCAAUGGACUGGUGUCGGUGGGUGAGUGAAGGUGGCUGUGAGAAAACAUCAGUGGACCAUCCCAAACCACGGGUGAAUGCACAGGAUGAGAACAGGUCUGUAAUUGCAGAACUUCAAAAAAUCCAAAGGUUUAACUUUCUCCUAGAGAACUCCAACCAUCUGAAGUACGGUCCCCCAUCGCACACCAAUCCUGACCUUCACCAACCUGCAGAAAGCCCCAACCUCUGCCAUGGAGCGGGGGGCCAGAGUGUAGAGAUGGCACUAAGACAGACAGGCCAAACUAUCCAAGACAUCGAGCUGCUGCUGGAGGCGAACAAGACGAGUGUAAAUAAAAUGAGAGGGGCAAAGCGUUCAGGGGUCGUGGGAGAGCAAAGGUGUGCAGCUGCAAAUCUACCAAUGGUGCAGCAAGGACUGCGUCUCUGAGACUGUGAUUGAGGCCUAUUGUUGCUUCACAGUGGAAAACACUCAAAAGUGUCAUGUACUUUAGGAUUGUGAAUUUGGCAUCAAUGUUGAGUUCCUACUGACUUGACUCCAGGUCCUUGCAACUCCCUUAUUUUAUUCUGCACUUGACUCCAGGUCCUUGCAACUCCCUUAUUUUAUUCUGCACUUGACUCCAGGUCCUUGCAACUCCCUUAUUUUAUUCUGCACUUAUAGAAACACUGUCAGGCCUCAAGGCUGUGCGCCUCAGAAGCUCUAUCACCAGGUGAGUUAGCAGGGAGUGAUUUUAAUGAGACCUUUCACCUCAUGGCAGGUCCAUGGCUCAGUGGAUAGCAGUCCUGCCCCUUAAGUCAAAAGGUCGUGGGUUCAAGUCCCAUUCCAGAGACUCGAGUACAGAAUCCAGUCUGAAACGCACUGAGGGAACACUGUUGUUGAUUCGCUGUCUUUUAGGUAAGAGAGGCACCCCUCUUCCCUCUCAGAUGGGUGUAAAGAAAAGAACUGGAAAGUUCUUCUUGGUGUCCUGAUCAAUGUUUUAACAUAUUUCAAUAAAAAAAAUUAUGUGGUCAUUAGCACAUUGCUGUUUGUGGGAGUUUACUGUGCACAAACUGAAUGUUGUGUUUCCUACAUUACAGCAGUGACUAUAACUCAAAAAUGGAUCAUUUGACUGUAAGAUACUUUAGGACGGAAUGAGGUUGUGACUAGACACACUGUAUAGAUGCUAGUAAUGCUAGCAGUCUAUGUGUUAUGCAUAUAAUAGUGUUUCUGAGAUUAUUGGGGAUAAUACACAGCUCCUGACAUUUCCCUCUGUCCACAGACCACAAAAGUGUUUAGAGGUGUGUUAAAAACUAGGUGAUACAUCGUUCAAGGUGGGGUGGCUGGUGGUGGAUGAGGAUGAAUCACAGAAUCUGACCUACAGAAUUCUAGCCCCGUGUCUGAGCCACAGUCCCAAAUUGAAUCGGCAAAUUGCAUCGAGUGUGUAAAAUAAAACAUGCUUCCUAAUUGUAAUGCCCCUGAGAAACAUACAAAAGGGCUUCAGACAAUUUACUUUUGAAGGACAGUUAUUUUUAUGCAGAUAAACACCAACAGCUGUUUUAUCCAAGCAAGAUCCCACAAACAGUAAUGUGAUGAAUUACUUGAUAAUCUAUCUUGUUUCGUGUUGUUGGCUGAGGGAGGAAUGUUGGCCCUAGGAUUCUGUGAGAAUAUCCCUAUCCUUUACUUAGUGCUUGAAGAUCUAACGUCUAAGUGAAACAGGCGGAUGGGGCUGUUGUUUCACCUCUCAUUGGAGGAAUAGCGAGCAACACCUGUGCUAUAUUGAGCAGUGAAUGUAUGUAGUAUACUAUUCCAUCUGAUUCAGUCCAUCUAUCUGAUUCAGCUAAUAAUAUCCAAAUGAAGUACAAUUUCAGACCAUAUCGCUAUACAUCUAUUAAUGCAAUACAUGGAGAAACCAAAAACAAUAUUUGGGGAAUGCACUUUUGUGUACCAGCCUUGAAAUGGGUAUCGUGGAUUCUCACACUCACUGCAGUGGGUGUCAAGGAGCACCAUGUAGUGAAGCACCGGCUACAAACCGAGCUAAUAUGGCCCACUUUUGUUUCAAAGCAAUUGGUGGGAAGCUGUAAACCCCAGCUGGUUGAGGGGGAAGAAGGCUGAAGUAAGCUGCCAGCAACAUAAUCUAAGAAAUAGGAGCAGGAGAAAGCAAUCCAUUGUUCAAUUCCUUCCUCCCCCCUCCGGCCGAUCCUCAUGUCUCCUGAUUUUCUUAAGAAUCCAAUGGCUUCAUCCAACCAUAGAGCUUUCCAGAUGUUGGAAGGGAAAUGGGUCUUUUUCCCAAGGGACAGCCCUGAGGAAUUGCAGGUUUCAAAGGAAGCCUUUAAAUAGGUGACCUGGAAAGAUUGCCUAUGUAACAACAUAAUCUGCACUUCAAAAUAACUCACAAUAUGUGAAAGUUUUCUGAAAUAGAAUUGGUCACUAUAGAAAUGCAAGUCAUUCUGUCAAUCACUCAUCCCAAUCUAAGAAUAUGUGGAGUUCAGACUAUUGUGACACAUGAAUUGAGCUAACGAAAUUUUGUUUUUUAAAUCACUAUUGUCAUCUUAGGCAUGCAAUUGAUUAAUGUUCUAAUGAGAUUUUUUGCAGUUAUUUGUAACUUUGUGGCAUUCAUUAAAAUGUACAAAUUGUUUAUUUUAAA